AAAAGUUUUUAGUGACCGUGUAAUGUUUUACAUAUAAGGUAGAAUAAUAAAAAUGGGUCGUAAAAAAUUAAGUUUAACUGAUGAAGAACGCAUUUUGCGAAAAAAGGAACAAAUGAAAAAGGUGCAUGAAAGACAGAAAUUCUUACAUCCUGAAAAGUUAGAAAAAAGGCGAGCGAGACGGCGAAUUGAAAAUUUAAAGCCUGAACAGUUAGAAAAGAAAAGGGAGCGCAAUAGGACAUACUAUGAAAACAUUAGAAAUAAAAGGCUCAAAUUGAUAGGCUUAUACAAAGGUGGACAAGUUGAACAUUUUAACAAUGAAGAUUUAAAACAGGAAUGUGAUUUCUGUGGUGCUUUGUCAUUUGAAGAGGAAAUUUCUAGAUUGAAAAAUAACUGCUGUCACACAGACAUGAAUGACUCUUUUGUCUUUAUUAAAGAAGAAAAGAGAGAUGAAACUGAGUCUGCCUAUAUUAAUGACUCUUUCGUUUUUAUUAAAGAAGAAAUGACUGAUGAAGCUGAAUCUACUUAUAUGUCUGACUCCUUUGUCUUUAUCAAAGAAGAAAAGACAGAUGAAACUGAAUCUGCUUUAUCAGCAGUUGGUUUGAAAGAACAGAAAAAAUCGGAGACAUAUUAUGGUGGACUUGUUCAUGUGAAACUAGAAGGAGAAAGUCUUGUCCCAGAGGAUGGUGAGAAUUUAUACUAUUAACCUGUUAGCUGCUAGCAGGAUAACCUUUCAGAUCAUGACGUAAUUCACAGAGCUUCUGUCAUAUUUAUGUUAUAUUAGCUUUAGGUUGAUCGGAUGAUAUAGACAUCGUAGGACACUCCUUCCAGGCUGCACCAAGCGUUUUCCUUGCUCUAGUGGGUCCUGCAAGAAGACUUGACUAGGAAGUCAACACUGCCAAAACAAAAUAUAUGGUUACAGGAGAAGUGCCUAGACCUGGAGAGGAGGUGACUUUCGGAGAGUGCCAAUUCAAGAAGACCAAUGAUUUUGUAUUAUCUUGGCUCAUUGGAAACUCAAGACGCCCCAGAACAAGAGGUUUGACAUAGGAUCAUAGCAGGAAAUUGAUGUUUUUUUUUCUAUGGUAAGGCAGUUCCAGAGUAAAGCUCUGUCCAGAAGAUAUGUCUUUAUAAGAGGAUAGUCCAUCCAUUAUUGCUGUAUGGUUGUUAGACUUGAACUACUUCCCGACCUUAUGAACAAGAACUUCUGAUCUAUGAAAAAAGAAUCCUAAGAUGUACCUAUGGUGGUGUUCUUAUUGGAGGAGAUAGGAACAUAAGUAUAAACCAGAAGCUGUACGCCAUGUUUAAGGAGCCUGAUAAAGUUGAAGUGAUGAAGAUUACAAGACUGAGAUAGUGGCAGUGAGGAUCCACUAAGACAAUUGGUGAUGGAGCCACUCCAUGGUACCAAGAGAAGAGGAAGACCAAAGCUGUGAUGGGCUGACGAUGUUGCUGCUGACGCAACAAAU